AUGCUUGAUUAUCGUGGCUUCUCGGCGUGGAUCACUGUCGAUGAUCUUGAGCUCGUCGAGUUCGAGCCGCGGAUUAAUGAAGCAGAACAUACCGUCAUUUGUUGGAUCGCUGGAGUACCCGGAAAGCCCUUCAUCGUCAAUUGGCGUGACCACGGCAGCGAUGUUGACUCCGCAAGUCAAAUCAUUAUCGAUGGUCACGAAGCGUCCGGUCAAUUCCUGCACGGCCGAGGGGAGGAGCUCCGACGUGGAGUGCGUGUAGACGACACGACUAUCCGUCCGUUCGUGUUCUCGACGAUCGGAAGUGCCCACCCUACAGGACCUAUUGACAAGAGCAUUGGCUGCAUCGUCCUCGACAUCAGGCUGGUCAAACGGCACGAGUUGUGUGAGCCGGAUGAAAUACGGGCAGCUCCUACGGGGAUCAACAGAGGGCGCCGUCCAGAAGGCGACAUUGCUGUAGGUUUCGGAGAUGCUCAACGAAUGUCUGCGAGACAAAAGACAUGGAGGUGUGAGCCUUUGGACCCCGACCAUCCUGAAGAAUGGGUGAAAUUCAUCUUCCGCUACCGCACCAAGGGUAAGAAUACAAAUAUGAGCCUCGCAACAAGAACGGCGAUAUCCCCCGAUGAAUUUCCCAACAUUCCGAACAUCAAUCGCCAAAAUCGCUAUCGUUUGCAGCUUUCCUAUGUCUCGUCAGCUUCGAAGUCAAAUACCAAUCCACCUUUUGUCUAUCGUCUACUCAACGUCCAGUUACCACAUAGACUCACUCGGCAUAAAAAGACUGCUGAGUGGGUUUUUUGGUCUUGCUCAGGGCCCUGUCGUUACGCUUCGGACAUUGGGCGUAGAACCCUAACCCUACGCCACAUGGUGUCCAGUCCCCUCGCAGUCCGCGGAGCGUCUGCCGUGCGUUCACUGGCGGGCUUGCGUGCCACCUCCAUGUCCUCAACCCCUCCCUCUCGCCUGUCCUCAUUGCCUUCCUAUGCAACUGUAACGGCAUCAAGGCUCAAGUCCCUUUACUCCGACUUCACGUUUCAGAAGCAGUCCAACCCCACCUCGUAUGCCUCCAACGUCGAAUGGUGGCGGAGCACACUAGAGACCGCACUCUGGCAAAGUAUCCUAUCCGACGGUCCUGUGGCCAGCACCUCUUCAGAUAGGCUGGUUCUACAUGCUCAGGGUCUUGCAUUUGCGGAUCGUUUUCGGCUCGAUGGCGUAGGCAAACCUCUCGGGAUUCCCACCGUUAUUGUGAGUAUUCCGAUGUCGUGUGCGUCUAAUAUUCUCAUUGGCGCUUCCUACCAGUAUUCGAAAGCACUCAUCCCCGUCCCCGAGUUCCUUUCUUCUGCACGCUCUAUAUACGACCCCGGAUGGAUGCCGUAUCGCAUCGCAAGUUUUGUGGUCGGCAAGCCUCUAUGGUGGGCACUAGGUCAACUUGGUGUGGUGGACAGUCACGGAGCGGCAUUCGGUGAUUCGGGGGCUGCAGAACGAUGGAGGAAGGUCCGCGGCGAUUACGUCUUCGUGAGCCUUCUGGAAGCCACCGCCGAACAGAUUAUCGAACGACAAAGGGCGAAGAGCACAGGGCAGGUGACGGAUUGCCUCUACAACGUAGAGAGCUUCCGUGCCGAGUUCGCGGCAUGUACGCAUGAUGGCACACCCUUCUCUGCUCUGGAUGUCAAGGUCAUCUUGAAGUAUCUCGAGCGGGAUAAAGGAGUCAUCGUGGUCAUUAAAUUUGUGGAUGAGGGUUCUUCGGACGCCACAGAUGUCACAGCUGUGGACAACGGUCUGCUCGCGCUCAAAAUGGCGGUGGACAAGCUUCAUACGCAAGUCGAAAACGUUCAGCGCCGCAUGGACGAGCGAACACAACAAGCAUCGAAUGCACUCCGACAUAAGCGCCAAGAGACCGCUAUGUCAUAUCUCCGUUCGCGCAAACAACUUCAGGAGGUGCUGAAGAAGCGACUGAUCAGCUUGGAACUCCUCCAAUCUACCCUCUUGCGCGUGGAGACUUCCGCCGGCGACAUCGAGAUCAUGAAGUCAUACGAAUCGUCUACUUCAACGCUGCGUGAGAUCCUGUCGCACUCACUGCUCCAGCGCGAGAAGAUCGACGAAACUAUGGAUGCUUUGGCUGCCGCCAACGCCGAUGCGCGCGAAGUUAACGAUGCCAUUCAAACAAACGCGGAGAUCGCUCAGGGCGACGUGGCCAUUGACGAUUCAGAGCUGGAGGCCGAACUGCAGGCAUUGAUUCGCGAAGCCGAGGUAGACAAGUCACAAGUACAAAGCGAUCGUCUCAACCAACCGGAGCUUGUACCUCCCGAUCACACCCCGGCCGACAAGACAGAGGGUGCAGAGAAGGAGAGAGUUCUGUUGGCAUCGUAA